AUGCCUCCAAAGAAGCGCGCCCGCGGCGGCCACGCAGCUGCCACGCCCACAGCCGCUCGCGCCGGCGACGAUGCCAUGGACAUUGACACGCCCCAAGCCACGGCCAAGGCCGACGUGCUCAAGUACAACGAGCUCUGGACCGACGAUCAGAUAGCGUCGCUCUUCAAGGCCGUCAUUCGCUGGAAGCCGGCCGGCAUGCACAAGCACUUCAGAAUGAUAGCAAUAUCUGAACACCUUCGCAACCACGGCUUCGAUCCCGACGUGUACCCCCACACGCGCAUCCCCCAUAUCUGGCAGAAGCUCCGCACCUACUACAACCUGGACGCCAUCGACGAGCGCGAGUCCUUUGACGACGAAGAUUCCGAUGAUAAGUACGUCGAUUUCACCCUGCCAAAGUCCGAGUUCCUCGCGUCUAUGCUGCAGCGCGCCCCUGCCGACCCCAGCGAGGCGCCCACGUCUCCCCCCCAGCUCGCCCUGUCGCCCGCCCCCUCGCCCGCCAACAAGAAACGCAGGCGCGCCGGGGGCGGUGCGGCCAAGGCCAGAGCUGCUUCGGCCGAAGACACCGAGGACGCGACCGACGCGCCAUCGCCGGCGGCCAGACCUGCCAGAGGUGCUAGGGGCCGUACAAGGGCCGCCAGCCACCAGGCCAAGGCGGACAAGGAAAAGGACAAGGAAAAGGACAAGGCAGAGACGACCGAAGAAGAGGAUAGCAAUGACGACGACGACGAGAGCGACUCGGGGGAAGACGGCGAGGAAGAGAGUGUCGAGGAACGCAGCACGCCCGUCUCUAGGACCACCAGAGGAGCCGGCCGGGGUCGCGGACGAGGCAGAGGCAGGGGGCGUAGGGGCGGCGGCAGGCGAUGA